ACAUGAUCUAAACUUGUCACUAUCUGCCGAGGAUCGUUCAGCCUCCUAGGGGGCUGUGUAUUACUAAGUUUGGUUGUCUUCUUGCCUUUCUCAUCCAUCCAAGUUGCCUCUUUAACUAGCCCAUCCGUUGUUCAAAACUCGGCCAUGGCUAGCCUCAAGAAUAUCAUGAACACUGAAGACGACCACGUCGACUCUCCAUCUGGUCCAAUACCUCACGACUCGGAUCCAAGGCAACCCUUGCGCUCCGACUCAUCGGCCUCCGCCUCGACAUAUCCCACCACCAGAGACCGGCCUGCAUCUACCGCUUCAUAUAACAGCAUGCUGGACCCGACUAGACACUCGAGAUUCAUCAUCGCCGAAACCUCGUCGUCCUCCUCUUCAGCCGGCACCAUCUCUGCUCGCCGCCGCAGCAACGCAAGCAUCGACUCGACCGAAUCGCCCUACGGUCCUGGCUACUCAAUUCCACCCUCAAACUCUCCCAUGAGGCCCUUCCCGACAAACAUGGGCGGAUCCGAGCCACGGGUCAAACUGACCCCCAUCACCAGGAAGAUUAGCAAGGCGAAGAAGGGUGUCCCUGUUCACAACUGCGACCAAUGCCCCAAGACGUUUACUCGAGCAGAGCACUUACGGCGACAUCAACUGAGUCAUGCGGCGCCCGAUCUCCGUUGCCACGUUCCCAACUGUGGCAAGACCUUCUUCCGCAAGGACUUGCUCGAUCGUCAUGUGCAGAGACAUGAGCAGGAUGACAACCCCAAGGACUCGAAAUCUUCGUCGAGACGCCGCAGCUCCAAGGGCUCCAAUCACCCAUAUCCCCCGUCAGGACUCCAGAUGCCAGAAGCAUUCGCAGGUCACCGGCCUAACCCUAGCGGCGACCUACCUGUGACGCCUGGCAUGACCCCUGGAAACUGGCAGGCAAUGGCCACUGUCCCCAACACGGGCCAGAACCACACCCCGUCUCCACAUAUAAUGGAUAGUAACGAUGACUAUCCUAUGGGGAAUGUUUCUAAGGACUAUAUUCUUGAUACACCAAUGUCCAACCUGCAAACGACAGCGGAAAGCUUCAUGCCGGGACUCUAUUCGCAACCGCGAGAUAUGCCGGAGCUCCCUCUGCUCUUCAUCCCCGACAAUGCACCGGCUGCCCCUUCCUGGCAGGACAACCAGACCAUGCCAUCAUCCGCCUCCGAGAGCACCUACUCAACGCCUUCGGAUAACUCACGCCGCCACCGAUUCCCUGUCCGUACCUCGAGUGGUGACUGGAAUACCCACGCACCGUACCAAGCCGCCACCAACGAGACUCGGAGCACCGGCUUGGAUACCGGCGGAUAUCUCCCUUUUACAUACUCCGCCUCGCCACCAAUGUAUCAACAACUCUAUGGUGACAGUAUGGGCCUUCCUUUGCCAGGGUAUGAAGACAGCACCUUGAUAUUUGACCCUGAUCAAAUUCAAGUCACCACUGUUCGUAGCCUGUCCCCCCAAAUGGCCGUGGCUCAAUCAUCUGAGACUUUAGUCACCUUUCCGUCUGCCCCGACAUCAGACCACAUCCUCAACGGUAACAUAUGCGGCCGUCCACCAGCAGAGGGGCUUGGUAUUCUAGACGCCAGAGAAAUGAUGCCGGUGUCAUUGACCCGCGACAUACGAGACAUGGUACCCACCUACCUCAACGUCUAUUGGGACAAAGUUCAUCCCUUGUAUCCAAUCGUCCACAAACCGUCGUUCGAAAACGUGUCCGGAGCCGCGGAAGAGCAUGCGGACGUGCGUCGAUGCGCCAUGGCGGCCAUAGCCACUCAAUUUCUUGCUGACAAGGACCACCGCAUGAAGGGAGCACAACUCCAUGCAUAUGCGUGGUACAAGUCCAAGUUCACCCAAUUGGAUGAGUGGUCCUUGCCCGUCAAGCAAACAGUUCUCUUAUGCGAGUACUACGCUCGGUUUAGAGGGAGGAGAAAGGAAUCCUACAAGCCAUCGUCUCGAUUUGGCUUACUCUACCAAAGGGUUUUCAACAGCCAGAAUGCCUUUGUGCCGAUCCCUGCAGAGCAUGAAGCCAUGCAGCAAUGGGCUGUGUGGAUCGACAUGGAAACGCGACGGCGACUUCUGGCGGCCUGCUUUCUCCUGGAUGUCCACUGCGCGCGCUAUCACGAACAGCGGCAUAUGUCAGUGGCUGGGUUAGAUUACUCGUUCCCCCGCAGGCUUCCCAUACCAUUGUCGUCCAGCACCGCACCACUCUGGGAGGCAUCCACAUUCCAGGAUUGGAGUGUGCUUCGAACAACAAGCAAUCCGACGAUGCUAAGGGAUCUAAACCUAGAUGCAUUGACUUCUUCGGAUAUUGCCUCGGCACCUCCCUUUGAUGGGGCAAUCUUGCUCUCGGCAUAUGUUCUGUAUCUUCCUGGCCGUCACACCCUCACGCAGCCUGAGAUUGUAGAAGAUGCUGCUACGGCCCAAAUAGAGGGCAUUCUCGCCAGGCUCUUCCCUACCUCGGCAAUUGCCAAUACCUACAUGGCCCUGCACUACACCCCUCUCCGCUAUCUCCUGUCAGUAUCUGGAGAUAGCUGGGUGUUCAAUGAGAAAGUCACCGAGGCGAAAUCCUUUAGUCAACACCAGGAUCGACUAGACCAGUGGCGGAAAUCCGGCAGCGCGGCCAUUGCGACUGUUUUCGCUGCUCGAGCUCUCAAGGCAUUCCUCGGUCUGGACUCUGGGCCGGAGGGGUCAGGUGACGGGGUUGGCAAACCCCAACGGAGACAAUGUGCAUUUUGGAAGGACAUCUCAGACUACUGGGGUGUUUAUGUUUGUGCUCUGAUCUGCUGGGCCUUUGGCGACAUCGGAAAGCGGAGCCAGGCUACCGGACCGGCUGCUCAAAAGGCAGCCAUGCAAUGGAUUAUGACUGUUUCCGAGAUGGAUCCUCCUGAAGUUCAAAACCUGUCUGAUAGACACGGAGCGUACGAGGUGGUGAGCCUCGCACGUGCAGAACUGGCAGCUGAUUGUCUUGGAGGACGAAACAUUUUGUUUGCUGAUGCAGCGGGGGUGCUCGAAAAGUUGGAGCAUGGAGACAAUUGGAAAUGGUUUUAGGAUUUGGGGUUUUUAUAGAGGAGGAUAUUUUUUUUCCUUUCUUCGUCUUUUCUUCUUCUCUUCUUCACAAAGACA